CGCGGCGGCGCGGCGGAUUCUCUCGCGGCACACUCAGUCUGCCUCUCUGCACCGGCCCAAAAAGUUGUUUCUCCUCAGUGGCUGCUGUCCAGCUCGCUCUCUGCCCGAUCCAGUGAUUGAUUAUACAGUCCGACGACGACAGUGUUUGUGCCGGUUUUUUUUCUUUGCCACGGGAUAGCAAGCAGCCACCGCAGGACCAUUUUCUGCUUUCUCGAAUAUGAUCUAGUCGCGGAGACAGAGUCCUGACAAUGGGACCCCCAAACAAAACCGUACCCUCUGGGGCCGAGGAGGCCCUGCUGUUGGGUCGGCGAGGCGUGUCCGGCAUCGUAAACGCCACGCGUCUCGCCAACAUUGUGCGGACGCUGCGUUCCUCCGCCUCCGGGGCGCACCGUCCCACUUACUGGCUGUGGUGCUCCGAGCUCGGCCUGCAGGUGCGCGGCCCCAAAUACGACGAGGGCUUCGAGUCGGAUGACUCGGCCUCCACCAAGUCCGGGGGCGAGGUGGAGGAGCGCGCCGGGGACACCAGCUCGGGCGUGUCCGACCUGGACGACCAAGUCAACUCGCUGGACAGCGGGCCGACGCGCGUGCCGCAAGAGCAGUUCGCCCUCCGGGACAUCGUGUUCUGCCACUCGGACCCGGCGUUCCCGCGGGUGCUUGUGUGGGUGGUGAACGGCCCCCGGAGGCCCACGCCCGCGUGUCUCGAGGCGCUGGUCUUCGAGUGCAAGAGCGAGGCCAGCGUCCGGCGUCUCAGCGCCUGCUACCAGGAGACCAGCAAGAGGAUGAAGAUGCAGAUGCUGAGCGCGAAACGCAUGUCCCACAACCAACCCGUCGCCCCGGAGCGACUGGACAUCAUCCUGCCGGACAGGUGGAGGGACAAGUACGUGAGGCAGAGGGAGCCGCCGUCCCUGCUCUCCGUCCACGUGCCCGAGGACGAGUGGGACGAGCCUCCCAGACGACCCGAGCGUCGGAGGUUCGUCCGCCGGAAGCCGGGCGAGGACAUCCUGAGGGGCACCUUCGUCCGAGUCAACGUGGUCGACCCGAAGCCGUCGCCGGUGCUGCUCAAGCCGCAGUUCACGUGGAUGUACGGCGUGCCGGCCACUGCAGAACUAGUCCUCAGCCAGUCGGCGCCGGUCAGUCGCUCCAGACGCAGUUGCCGCAGCGUUAGUCCCUCCUUGUCCAGGCGGACACAGCCACCCCCGCAACCUCCCAAACCGCUCAGGUAUGCGCCUGAACCUGCCCCGAGUCAUGGCUUGGUUCAGGGUCUCACCCAGAAACUGAAGGAGCUGGCGCCGAUCGCCGGCACCCUGAAGCGCUGCUCAAGGAACAGGGGGGAGCCACACCAGUUCAGCACCCUCAAGCCAGUUAUUAAAAAGACUAGCAAGAAGUACGAAGGUGAUCUGCUGGCCGAACCCAAAAAGGUCACCUUCAGUGCAUACGCGACAGUGCAGGUAGUCGAUUAAAGCAGUGCUUACUUGCUGUAUAGAGGUGUACAUGUAAAAGUGGAUUAAUCGACUUGUUCCUUUCCUUUAUUGUGUGUGCGGUUUCACUCUUUCAAACCGGGUGUGCAAAGGUCGAAAUCUUUUUCUAGCGCUGCUGACCUCAAUACAUAUGGUGUUGACCUUUUACUUUUCAAUUAUUUCCGAGCUGCUGAUUCUUCAUGUUGAGAACAUUUUAAGGUCUGUUUGAAAUUUCUACAUUUUUAAAUGAUUAAAAAUGGGGAUGAGCAAAAACAGGUGAUUAUUUUUUUCAGUUACUCGCGAGCUCUAAAUAAUUUGUUUUGGGUAAAAAAUUUAUUUGUCAAAUCGUUUACCAUUUUAUUUGAUUUGCCAAGUUAUCCGCUGCUUCUUCUCUAAACAAAAAUAAUCGCAUGGAAGACAAUGGAGUAUUUUGAUAUCAAAAACGUCCUGUCACAAAGCGUGAAAAUAAAAAAAUUGACGUUUUUUCUUAGAUUUUCAUCUAAAAUCCAGAGUAAAUUCUCAAUUUAAAGAUUUUGCAGAAAUAAUUCAUUUAGAAACUGCGACGUAAUGAUUAAAAUUCUUAUUUGAAUGGUCAGAAUAUCAUGGCGAUCAAUGAAAACCCAUUUUUUGUUUUGCUCGUCCCUAAUGAUCUAAAUUUAAGCGUAGCCACGAAAGAAAUUAUUUAACAACGCAUAUUUAAAAAAAUUAUCAAUAUUUGAACAAACACCUUAGAAAUUUACUUCUGAUGACAGCUGGAAAUUUUUUAAUUAAAAAAUGUUUUCAACUCCAGGAUUUAAAAAUUAUAUAAAAGUUGAAAGCUUGUAUAUUUGGUUUGCAUUUCGCACAUUGCAUCACCAUUUAUUUACGACCAAAUGGAAGUUUCACGAUGUGUAGUUGAUUAUAUUUGCACGCCUUGUUUCUGUUACUGAAACGCUACCAAAUCUUCCCAAUGCAAUCUUUAUUGCUGCUUUUUGUGAUUUUUACAUUUGAAUGUUUUCUUCGUUGCUCCAAAUAUACAUUUAGGGAAAUUAUAAUGAAUGUAAUCAACAAAGCAAUGAGCAUUGAUAUAGCGUUACAUAUGUACUUUGAUUGUAAAUGUAGUAAUAAGUCAAACUUAACGAUUAAUAAAUAACCGUCAGUCUUUUCCAACCACGAA